CUAAACCCCUCUUUGGGUUUUACCCUAACCGGACCAAACUCUUUUCCCCCUAACACAGAGACCCUUCUCACACUCACAGACACUCUCCCUCCUCUGUUCCUUACCCCGUCUCUCUCUCUCUCUCUUGUAUCUCUGUACAAGUAGUUCUCGAUUUUUCUUUUUCUGGGUAUUUUUUGAGUGUAUAUUUUAAGCUUUCUUUUGUAGCAAUGGAGGUGGGUUUGUACUGUUCCAAGGAAAAUAGCAUCUGGGUAAGGUCUGUCUUGGAAUCUAUGGUCGUGGAGACUGUUCUUACAGUGGGGAAGUCUCUCACUUCGCUUCUCUUCACGACGAGUUCACUGCUGAAUGAUGCCAAUGUGUCGUUGAGACUAUCUGCAGUUGAGGAAAGGUUUCCUUUCGAUCAACUUCACAAAUUGAAGCGACCUGUUCCAGAAAACAAAGAUUCUAGUGAUACAGAGGAUGACGAUGAUGAGGACGAUGCUGAUGAUGCUAAUGAUCAGGAUGAUGAUGCGGGUGAUGAGGACUUCUCAGGUGAAGAAGGUGAUGAGGAAGCUGAUCCUGAGGAUGACCCUGAAGCCAAUGGUGAAGGAGGAAGUGAUGACGACGACGACGAUGAUGAGGAAGAUGAUGAUGGUGACGACGAUGAUGAUGAGGAUGGGGAGGACGAGGAUGAGGAAGAAGAUGAAGACGAGGAUGAAGAGACUCCCCAGCCACCUGCUAAAAAGAGGAAGUGAAAACCACAUUAGUGUUGUAGUAUGGGAAAACUAGUUUGUCAGCCUGCAUAGGGUUAGAAAAGUAUUAUCCUUCUUCUAAAUGAACCUUUUAGUAUUUAUCAUGUUAGAAAAAUUAGCUGUGAUAUAGUGUCCUCUUCUGCGGAAUUAAUGAACCUUUUGGGUUGGUUUUUCUGUUUAUGAAGUGUUAGGGUCCGUUUCUGUUUGUGAUUGGAUAAUUUAUGGAAGUGACUGCAAUUGGGAAAUGAAUUAUUUGUUAGAAAAGAAACGUUUUUA